AUGUACCUGUCAAGGGGGUCGACAGUGAUCACAGACAGAACGGAGGAGAAGCUCUUCAAAAUGGCGGUCUCAGCGGACUCAGAUACACGCGGCAUGCGAAUACUGCAGCCUGAAGUGACUAGGCCCGAUCUCAAUACAAGAGACUCACUUAACGCUAUUUUUGACAGAUUCUGGGCUCGGCUCCAGGCCCGCACGCAAUCUGCGGCGUCUAAGCAAACACCACUUACAGAUCAAGCCUGCAGCACAGGGAGGCCUGGGAUACCUCUGAAAGGCAUAACACUGUACCUCACACUUGCACCUCGCACGAGACGCCUGCCUGGGCUGAGGGCAUUACGGGUCCAGACCCACAGGUACAGGCCACACAAGCGGAGGGCAGCAAAGAAAACGCGACAACAUACACCUGACCCACAGAAGGCCCGACGCACCACCCCAACAGGGGAGUCCCUGAACCCUAUAGGAGUCCAGGCUCGUGGUCAGACAGUACCAGCCCUCACACAGCUCCAGGGCCGAAGGGGCACUCCACCUUCCAGACGCUGCAUAGACUCCAAACGAGCAGCCAGACGACAACCACAGCUUGAUCUGCCACAGAGACGCACCCAGAAGAAAUCUGGAUUCUCCAGAGACGGUAUGGCUCUGCCGAGCCGAGGCAUUGGCUGACCGUGCCGUAUGCCCUCGAGCGAGGUACCCAUG